GCUGGCAGGGUGCGUCCCUGUAACACAAAAAACUACAAUAACCAAUCCAGAUGGUUGUGAGAUGUGGUGACGCGUCCGGCAGGCACCGCUCACCCCGCCGACACAGGCGGCCAGGUGGGCGGAGUUAACCAACUUUCACACUGGCUCUUGGGUGGACGACGGAUAGACGGACAGAUAUGUGCUCAGACGGACAAGUUGACCCUUUGUGAGGGUUUUUUUUAUUUUAUCUUUUGGUGUUUAAAGUUCUUGGCGUCAAAAAAAUGAUGCGCUUCCUGCUGCUCUUCAGCCGCCAGGGCAAGCUACGUCUGCAGAAGUGGUUCACGCCCAUAUCGGAACGCGAGAAGAAGAAGAUCAUCAGGGACAUGACCGCCAUGGUGUUGGCACGGCAACCACGUUCCUGUAACUUCCUGCACUGGAAAGACCUGAAGAUUAUUUACAAGAGGUAUGCAAGCUUGUAUUUCUGCCUGGCCAUAGAGAACCAGGAGAAUGAGCUGCUAGCCCUGGAGGUUAUUCAUCGCUAUGUGGAGCUGCUGGACAAAUACUUUGGCAAUGUGUGUGAGCUGGACAUAAUCUUUAACUUUGAGAAGGCCUAUUUUAUCCUGGACGAGUUUCUAAUGGGAGGCGAAAUACAAGAAACCUCCAAACAGAUGGUGAAUCGCUCCAUUGAAGCCUCAGACAUGUUACAGGAGGAUGACAACAGUGAUUGGUAUGAGGUGGAGCUGUUUGGAUGACCUUGAAUAUGGACAGAAAGACCAUGGAGGAGUAUAUGAGCAAACCUGCAUUUUAACCCCAUGAGGAAAAAAGGAUAACAAUGGGGAGGAAUAUAGGAACCAACAGUACUGUAUGUGAGUCAAAGAAGUUUCUGAAUAUGAAAAUGGGAUUUGAUCCUGUUGAACAUUUUCAAAAGAAGAAAUGGUCACGUUGAAAGCCUGCUUGCCUUCUGCCUGAAGCAUUGCUGCAAUGUAACUUCUUUUGAGAGUAAGUUUAUUGUUUGUUCAUAGUCAUGUGCUCAAUUGAAGGAAGUCGGGAGGGUUUUAUUUACACGCUGUCAGUAAAUUCCUAUGAAGUAGUAAAGGGGAUCGGGGUAAUGAAAUCAUAACCAUGGAGUGAUUUUAGAUUUAUACGUCAUUUGUAUUUAAAUCAUUUCUUAAUAUAUUGAAAGUGAAUGGUUUCAUUUUGUAAACGCAACAGAUUGAUUUAGAAAAAAUUGUGCUACUCUCCAGUUUAUAGUUCAAAAAACAAACUUCAGCCUCAAAAACAUAAACCAUAUUUAUAAUUGGUGUAGUUCCGAUACGAACCAACUCAUUUUGAAUGUGACUGAUGACAAAUGUCCUACUGUUUUGAAUCUGUAUACAGUAACCUCUUACAUGUGUGUGGGACCAAGACUUUACAAUGAGCUGUGUGUAGUGUGGGUGUGAGUAUCACUGCUUUUUAUAAUGUGCAAUUUAUGAUGUUUGAGCUUAUGAUUAAA